GGUAAUGCGCCAACAAACGGGAUGACAACCGCAGUAAAACAAUAAGAAGAGGAAGAAAACGACGAGGAAGAGCAGCUGAGCUGUGUCGCACGUAGUUUUCAUUUAAUCGACGGUUAGUCUUUGAUUAUUCACUCACUUCCAAAGAUGGUCCGACCACAUUUUGGACCCCCCCGCUUAAAGCCCAGACCAUACGGAGAUGGUCAUGGCAUUGGGCCGAGUGAAGGGAAUUUCAACCCCAACUCCAAAGGUCGAAGAGAUGCCCCAGGCUACCCAGUAAAGGCCCCCUUUAACUGGAGAGAAUCCAGAGGUAGAGGACGACCCCCUGUUGUCAAGAGAGCUCCCCUGAUGGGAGAUCAAAGGGAGCCACGUUUCAAUCACUGGAGGUCCCCGAAUCAGGAUUCCUUUCAAUUAUACUCCCCCAAAAUGGAACCACACCAUAGCCAGAGGAGGCCUUCUCCAUCUAGGCCAAACCGCUCCCCCCAUGGCCAGCAUCAGUCAUCCUCUCGCAGUCCUGCACAUGGAUCCCCAGGCCAAAGGGGCCCACCUUUCCAUGGCCACCAUUCAGGUCACAGGUCACCCUCCCCAAGACAUUUUCGUAGUCACCCAGCUGAUAGGAGGCCAGGCUCUACACAAUCCUAUCAGGGGUCUUUCAGGGGCCCCAAAAGACAGUCAGGGUCUCCCCAUCAGGAGCAGCGGAGUCGAGAUCCUCGUGGAAGUUACAGUCCCAGAGAAAGGCCCUAUGAGCACUCAGGUCACGGCAUGAAGCGCUGGAACGAGGCUGGAGCGUUCUCUCAUCCACACAAUGGAGAACACAGGCCCUCUGGGUCACAUAGGAGCCCCAGAGAGAUGCAUGAGAGAGGCUCAUGUCCAGAGAGGUGGUCAUCUGAGCAAGACUCCAGGCGGCAGCGUGGUCCGGUGGAGAGGCAGGGCAGCAGAUCCCACAGUAGAGAGAGGGCACAAGAUGUCCCUCACCUGCCCCCUUUCAGAUCCCCCUCAUGGAAAGGAGGUCCAUCACAGUCAUCAUCCUACCACAGGAGUCCUCAGGAGAGACAAGUGGCAGGACCCCGCAAGAGGAGGGUAUCAGACAUCAGCAUGCCCUCAGAUCCUGGACUGGAGCAUGGCAAUCCAAAGCACCCCAGGAGAGAGAGACCUCAGCUGCUCAGUAUUCCCAGGCCAUUUGGUGGUAAACCUAUGUCUCUUAGGGAUAAAAGUUACCUAGUUAAGAGCAGACAAAUCAGAGCAGAAUCUCUCAUGAGGCUCAGAAUACCUCCAUCGGUGAAACCCAGGCCUCGUCUGGGCGACUCCAUGACCUCACGGGGAAAUAUCAGCUCUGUUCUUGCUAUCAGGAAGAAACGUUUCCAGUCAAAUCCAAUUCCUCUGAAAAAGCUGGAACCAAGAAGGGAAAAACCACAGCAGUCUCCCCCCAGAGAAGAUGGCAAUGGCAGCAAGUCUUCAAGAGACUCUGACACAGGCAAAGAACAGGUGGAAUCUCGUCGGUCCUUGAACACACACAGAUCUUCUCCCAUAGAGAAACGUGAUCUUGUUGUUUUGUCCCACUGGCCACCCGGGCCAAGCUCCUCUUCCAAGGGUGGCUCACCUCAAAAAGAUCGCGGCCCAAAGUCAAAGACUGAACGCAGUUCAGAUGCAGACGCCUCGCCAAACAGCCGACUCUCAAAGAUGAAUGAUUCCAGGUCAUUGCCUGAAGACAGAAAACGGGGACAUUUGGAUAAGAGGAUGUUCCGGCCAUUUAAUAUGAUGCAGGACAGCAACAGAUCUGGGAGGCCCUUCAGGAAACCAGGACCAGGACCCAUGCAGAGACCGAAGUUCCCUGGUGGUCCAAGACGGACAGGUCCUGAACUGUCUGGAAAUGUAAGACGACCACUUAUGGAGAGCUUAGUGCCACGUCCCUUCCCAAAUCAGAGGCCAGUGUUCAGAAAAAGUCACAGUAUCAUGUCUAAAUACCGCAACAUGAGAGUGAUGCGUCAGCGUGCGCCGUACAACCGAGGACCCAACCAACAACGCUGGUGAUAACCUCCGGUCCCACAUUCUGCAGACAUGACACUGGAAAACGUGGAAAAAUCUCAAGAUCUUUUCUGCUGGGUGGACUGCACAAACUCUUCUCUCACUACAAUCCCAACCUGCCUGUAUAUAAUGGAAGUGUUGUUGCUUACUUCUGUUCUCUGGUACAAGUGUUUUGUUCGCAUAUUUGAAGUACUGCAGUACUUUGUUUUAGAAUGUUUGUAACAUAUGCCAUUAUAUUACACUGUUCUGCUUAUUUCUGGUGUAUUUUGAUUUGGGAAUUGCUGCUUGUGAGCUUGGCAGUCUUCAUUUUACUUAGUCUUAGCUUUUUUUGUUUGUUUGUUUGUUUGUUUACCAGCAACGAUCCACUUCAGGUUUGUUAAGUCCAAGAAAUGUUUACUUUAACAUCUCCCUUUAUUGUUUGGAAAGACUUAUCACAUGAGAUGUCUUAUUUGAUUAAUCAUAGGGUGUUCUGAUUAGAAACCUUAGCUUGUUGACUGACACCUAGCUACUACUUGUAAAACUUGUAUAAUCACGUUCAGUUUAUUGUUUGAGAUUUGAAGUAAAAUUGGAUUUAACAAGCUCUA